GACCUGUAAUUAACGUUUGUAAGGUUAUUAGGAUACCGCAGAUAGCUCGGCAGUCUAUGGCGUGCGCAAAUUGAGUGCAUCAUUGAUACACUAGACAUGUGUUACCCGGUGAAGGUCAUUUCCUGUGACAACAAGAACCACAUUUUGACCAGACUGGCGAAUGAACUUAUUUUCUACAAAAGCAUUGAGUUAUGUGGAAAUCCUCAGUGCUUCUCCAUAAAUUGUGUAUCCACACAUCCGCGGCAUUACUGAAGAGGGCAUCUCCAAAUCUAAAGGGAAAGAGUCCGGCUGAGCAACGCUGGCUUGUCAGGCAACUUAGAGAUCCUUUCGUGAAAGCUGCUCGUGUUGAAAACUACCGCUGUAGGAGUGCUUUCAAGUUGUUGGAGAUAGAUGACAAGUACAAUAUUCUGAGACCUGGCGUCAGUGUGGUAGACUGCGGCGCAGCUCCUGGUGCUUGGAGUCAAAUUGCUGUAAAAAGAGUAAACGCAACAGGGGAAAGUCCUGAUCAUCCCUGUGGUGCUGUCAUCGGGGUCGACCUCCUGCACAUUUCCCCUCUUGAUGGCGCACGCUUUCUGCCCAAUCAGGACAUCACUAGCCCCGCCACCCACGCUGAGCUUCAGAGGCUCCUGCCGGGUGGCCUUGCUGAUGUCAUCCUCAGUGACAUGGCGCCCAACGCCUCUGGUUUCCGUGAGAUGGACCACGAGAGAAUGAUCUCCAUGUGCCUCACUCUGCUGGACCUCGCAGACAAGGUGCUCAAACCCGGAGGUUGUCUCGUCUGCAAGUUCUGGGACGGAGGUCUCAGCUGGAAACUCCAGCAGGGACUCGCAGAAGUAUUUAAAGAAGUGAAGCCUAUAAAGCCAAAGGCGAGCAGAAAGGACUCAGCUGAACUGUUUUUCCUUGCCAAAUCGUUUAAAAAGAGAUAACCGCUGUGCACCACGCAUUUUGUAACAAACUAAAUAUGUAUAUUUGAAAUAUAUGUGAUUCAACAGUCGUUAUUUUAUUUUCAGUUGGUUUCACAAAUGAUCCCACCAUCAUUUACUCCUAGUCUGAGAAGUCGGGGGUAUUUUUUGACAUCUAGACCAAGAAACGGUAAAAAAAUAUUCACAUCUGAUCAGAGUAAACAGAACAGUCAGAACAGUUUGUGUGAUCAGCACUGCAGCUCAUUGUAGGCAUCUCAAGUAGCUGAAACAUAUCGGCCAUCAUGGUGCAUUGAGCUAGCCAGAAAGGUGACUGAAUGACUCAAGGAGAAUCAGGAAACAAAGGCCCAAUUGCGUACCAGAGGAUGGGAGGAUUGUGUGAAAUGUUGACCAUAUUGAAGGACUGAAUGACUGUGACGUUCUCUUUCCAAUAUUGAGUAUUUAAAGUUUGGACUGUAUGUUAUUGCCAGUGUCUCCUUUCAGCAACCAUGCCGUUUUUGAAGCUUUACCAUACCUAUGCUUAACUGUAGUAAUUGAGAACCAUUUUGUUGAGUCACAGACAGUUAUUUUGUGCAACAUUUCAAGACAUGUACUCAAAUGCAUGCAACAAGGAUCCUCUGGAUACAUCUCCAUUGAGUAGUGGUGAGCAGUCCAAACCAUUUGGCUGAUGUAUGUCAGACGGAUCAGCAGACGUCCUUCACGAGGUAGAUAUUACAUUUGCAUUUGUCCUUAGCUGAGCUUAUGCUCGGUUCUUGCCAGUAUUAAUGAACUGUUCAGGGAAAUGGAAAAUUAGUUGCCUGGCAUGUGGCUGGGAGACAACUUGAUCUUCACAUUCUGUUCUGUUCUGUCCUGGUAUGCUUGAAAUCCCUUGGUGUAUUCUUAAGGUUCAUAGGUAUUAAUAUUGAAUACCUCAUCAUUUAUGCAGUGGUAUUAUAUACUAUGAACUGAAGUGAAGUAUUGCAUUUGACAUCAACCAGAGGAUGGAGCUCUUGAGUCAUGAUUUCAGUUGCGUCUCUGCCAAAGGAUUUCAAUCAGGGCACGGCUUGGUCUUCAGAGGACUGGCAUGGCAAAACAUGACGGCAUUAUUAUGUAACUUGCAGAAUCUAUACAAUAUGCUGUAUAAUGUCAACAUGUUGAUCAUUAGUGUUUUGUUGGCAAGUCAAUGAGUUGGUAUCUGGGUCUUAUUUGGCUGUCUGUUUGUUGAAGUAUGCAUUCAUUUUCCUAUUCAGACUCCUUGCUGAACACAGAAAAUCCAUGCAAUCGCAGUGAAUAGCAGGGGAGGAAGAUUAGGCCCUUGGUCUGGUACAAUAACUCCAACCUUGACAAUAUAUGGCUGAUUGGUGCACUCGCCAGUAAACAUGUUUUAAAGCACAGCAUUGUUAUACAUGGAGCGUGUACUAUGUCAUUUCAUGGUUCAAGGUGGAUUCAGGACCGUUUUCAUUGAAUGUUUGUUUAACACAGUCUGUUAUGAAAUGUUUUCUUCCCACUCAGAGAUCAGAGAGAAACAGACUUCUGUAUUAGUAGGUGUAUGUAGAAGGAAAUGCCUUGCAGCUUCACUUUUUAACAGCUUCUACAGUCAAUACUGACUAAAUACUGAUGACAACAUGAGAACAUGUUGCAUCUUAAAUCGGACAUAGAAGCCAAACUCUGUAUGUCAUUACCAUCUGUGGUUAAGUAUUUUAAUGACCCGUCUAUUUCUGAAGAGAGGCUUUGCAAUUAAUUGCAAUCACUAAGUAAUGAGCUCUUCUUCAUAAAUGCCGCAGUGGCCAUAGUCUUAAAGUCAUAUUUGAUUAUAGUAAUGCCCUUGACGCAUCCGUUUUAUGACAUCCGGUUGGUGGAUUCCAACAAAUCCUUUUCGGCAAGACCAGGGGAGAUCAGCCCAUGUAGCUGAUGCAGCACCGGAGAAAUCCCGGGGAAAACCGUGAACCAAAUGAAACCUAAACGGUGGGCCACAAAUGGAGUUUAGCGUAAUUCAUCUGGUGUCUGACCGUGGAGGUUAAAGCCUUUUUAAUUGGCGUGGCAAAACAGUUUCCUUUAACAAAAGCUCUGGUUGUGUUUUAACAUUGUGGAUGAAUAAAAGUCUUUAAUGGUUUAAUUUUAUUUAAUUAAUCAAUGUCUGGCUAAUCCUGAAUAUACUUCAUAUGAAUAAAUGUCCUUCAAAUUAGCACAGAGUUAAUAAACCAGUUGAAAUCUGAUUAAAACAUAAAAUGGAGUUUUUUGAAGUCUGGUCAUCCCAUGAAAUGGAAAUUUUGAAACCUAAUUAUAGAUGGAUUUGCAUGCAUUUGGCACUACUAGAAAAAGACACAGUUCACAUGAAUGUAUUAAUUAAAUCUUCUUAUGCAGUU